UUGAACCUCAGGCAAUCUAGCCCUUAGUCCAUCAACUUGGAAUCGCCCCCUGACUCAGGAUUUCUCUGCCGAGCUGCAGGACCUUUGCGCUAACAUCGCCCGCUGCGAACGAUCUACUGCAAAGACAGGGAUCAAAUAUGGGAUGCUACUGAAAAGACGUGAUAAGGUGGUUUAGCAAAAGACCAGGGGCCAGUAAUGACGCCAAAAGGGAAAUGUCUCGCGCGGCCUUAUCCUGCCUUUGAACGCUGCAUCUCCACGUGGCGAGUGCAUAAUAUCUGUAUGCCUCUUCGCUACCGCUGAUCAUUUUCCCUUCUCCCUUGCAUCUCUUUUGUAACCUUGUCAGUGCUUUUCCCGGAGUGGUCUUGACCCUACCAAGAGGGGACAAGCAAACCUCGAAGAAGAAGUCGGGUCCAAUGUGCACAGCGCCUAUCUCGGAACAAGCAGCACGGACGCAACAAGUAUUCCAAGAUGGACGCGGAAUUCAUGGACCAGUUGUGGAGUGAGCGGCACUAUGGAACACCGCUCGCCAUCAUCUUCAUGGUUCUGCCAACGGUAGCUGUCGGCCUACGAUUGUACGCGAAGAUUACGGCUCAUCAGCCAAUCGAGAUCAGCGACUACUUCUCCAUUGCAGCAUGGCUGAACACGGCAGCCUUCUUCAUAUCAUUACUGGUGGCCGUGUAUCUGCCGCCAUCGUAUCUGGAUAAUCCGGAUGGCAUCGAUGUGCCUGUGUCCAAGAUUACAUUCUCUCUAAACUUGUUGUGGGCGGCGGCAUGCUACUGCUGCAAACUGUCGAUCCUUUGCCUUUAUUACCGCCUCCUCAGCACGCCAUCAAGUACAUUCCGUCUAGCAGUCAAGAUCAUGUUUGUUCUCACAGUUUGCGUCGGCAUUGCAAGUGUCCUGGGCUUCCUCUUGGUAUUCCGAGAUAUGUCAUGGUGGUGGUCGACAGGGAUGAAGACUCAUCCGGCCGCCCAGGCGAAUCUGAUCAGAAUGAACGAGGCUAUCGACAUCCUCUCGCUUCUGACAGACGCCAUUCUGUUCAUUAUGCCGUUGCCCGUCAUCAGAAAGCUGAGUCUCAGCAAGAGCAAAAGACGACUUCUUAUCGGACUCUUCUCCCUUGGAUUCUUGACCUGCAUUGAGGUUAUUGUUAGAAUCAUUACUACAUAUGGCUUCAAUGGUGCUUUGGACGCCAUCCAGGUUCAAGUCCUACUAAUGGGUAUCGAGCCAUCCAUGGGCAUUACGCUCUGUUGUUUGCCCGUUUUCCUGCGAUUAUUCCGAAAGAGUCAACAGAACUCCAGUGGUCGCCAAUACGCUUCCGGAGAACGUGGUGGCUUCUACUCUCUCGGCCCAGUGAGUGCGAAGCGAUCAACAACACGAGAUCCCGACGGAGCGCUGCUAGAUUCAACCCUCGGCAAGCCGAAGCCAGUUCUAGUACAAACCGAAAUCACUAUACAUUCUUCACGUAGCGGAUAUAACGACUCUAUUGAAUCUCAGGAGGGGUACUGGAAAUAGAGUCGUUGUUGGUCCUCAGUUUAAUUGCUAGACAUGUUGAGCAAUCAUAUGAGCG